AAAUUAUUAAACCUUGUCUCUUUCUUUUCUUUUUUAAUAAUAUUAAUUUUAAAGUAUAAACUAUGUCACCACCUUCUGGUAAAUCAGAAUCCGGGCUUGCUCGUUUAUUAGGCUCAGGUACUUCAGGGAUAUUAGAAUUGUUUAUAUUUCACCCUAUUGAUACUGUAGCCAAACGGUUAAUGACAAACCCUAACAAAAUUUUUGCAACGGGAGCACCAUUAUCUCAAGGUUUCAAUAAACUUGAUACAGUCAUAUUCAAGGAUGCCUCUUCUGCGACCGUAUUAAGAAAGUAUACAUCAUUAUUUCCUGGUUUAGGAUAUGCUGGAGGAUAUAAGGUCCUUCAACGUAUUUAUAAAUAUGGAGGUCAACCUUAUGUAAAGGAUUACCUUAAUAAUCAUCAUAAAGAUACUUUUUAUAAAAUAUUUGGCGAAAAAAGUGGCAAAACUAUAAUACAUGCCACAGCCGGAAGUUUAAUCGGUAUUGGUGAAGUGGCUCUUCUUCCAUUAGACGUUUUAAAAAUUAAACGUCAAACUGCUCCUGAAACUUUGAGAGGACGUAAUAUUUUUAAAAUCUUUUGGGAUGAAGGAUUAGGGCUUUAUAGAGGUGGCCUUUGGACAGCAGCACGUAAUGCCCCUGGUAGUUUUGCUCUGUUUGGAGGAUCAGCUUUUGUGAAAGAAUAUAUAUUCGGAUUAAAAGAUUAUUCCAAAGCAACAUUUUUCCAAAAUUUCUGUUCUUCAAUUGGUGGGGCUAUAGCUUCCAUUUCUGUUGCUCAACCACUUGACGUAGUAAAAACUCGUAUUCAAAAUAGACCUUUUGAUGCUCCCGAAAGCGGUGUACAAAUUAUCAAGAAUAUGAUUAAACAUGAAGGUCCCACGUCUUUUAUCAAGGGUAUAACACCUAAAUUAAUAGUAAUUGGACCUAAAUUAGUAUUUUCAUUCACUGUAGCGCAACAAUUAAUUCCUUUAUUAGAUAACUUUUUUGUAGCCCAAGGAAUAAUUUCUAAACCCACUCAAUCCCUUUAAAAUUAUGGUUGUUUUAAAAGAGCAUUUAAUAAAUGAAAAUAUAGUAUAGAACUAAUAUAAUUUUUUUUUUUUUAUGUUCGUUAUUUUGUAUUAAUAUUGAGGAUUAAGUAUGAAUAAUAAAAUU